CGUCUUGGGGUCCUGGGCCGCGGGGCGGCUGGGAAAGGCCGGUAGCCUUCCGGCCUCGCGCUUCUGUCCCGCAGGCUGGCGGCGCGCGUGCCUGAGGCUGACCGCGGAAGUGUGCCUCGGGAGUGCGCAGGGGCGGCCCGGGGCUCGAGCUGGGUCUGGUGCUCUACAGGGAAAGAUUGCAUCCCGGGUGUAGAUGCGACGCCCUCAGGAUGCGCGAUGCGCGCUCGCUGCCUAAACAAGUUUGGGAGAGCCAGUGGUGACUGCAAGAGUGGAGCCCAGCUGUGGGUGCCCAGCAUGGACGACUACGUAGUCCUGAGAGUGAUUGGCCAGGGCUCCUUUGGCAGAGCACUUGUGGUGCAACAGGAAAGCAGCAAUCGGCUGUUUGCCAUGAAAGAAAUAAGACUUCCCAAGUCUUUCUCUAAUGCACAAAAUUCUAGGAAAGAGGCUGUUCUGCUAGCCAAAAUGAGACACCCCAAUGUUGUUGCCUUUAAAGAAUCAUUUGAAGCGGAUGGACAUCUGUAUAUUGUGAUGGAAUAUUGUGAAGAAGGGGAUCUAAUGCAGAGGAUUAAACAGCAAAAAGGAAAGUUAUUUCCUGAAGAUAUGAUACUUAAUUGGUUUACACAAAUGUGUCUUGGAGUAAAUCACAUUCACAAGAAACGUGUGCUGCACAGAGAUAUCAAGUCCAAAAAUGUCUUCCUCACCCAAAAUGGAAGAGUGAAACUGGGAGACUUUGGCUCUGCACGUCUUCUCUCCAGUACCAUGGCCUUUGCACGUACAUAUGUGGGAACACCUUAUUAUGUGCCUCCAGAAAUCUGGGAAAACCUGCCUUAUAACAAUAAAAGUGACAUCUGGUCCUUGGGAUGCAUUCUGUAUGAACUCUGUACCCUCAGGCAUCCAUUUCAGGCAAACAGUUGGAAAAAUCUUAUCCUGAAAGUAUGUCAAGGGUCUAUCCGCCCACUGCCAUCACAUUAUUCCUAUGAUCUUCAGUAUAUUGUCAAGCAGCUGUUUAAAAGGAAUCCUUCACAGCGUCCCUCGGCUACCACACUGCUCUGCAGAGGCAGUUUAGCCCGGCAUGUCCAGAAGUGCUUACCUCCUGAGAUCAUCGCAGAAUAUGGAGAACAGAUAUUGGAUGAAACCAAAAUAUGUGAGCAUAAGAAACCAAGAAAAAAAGCAGACCCCAGCAGAAUCCGGAUGGUCCUGGGAAAUGAAGCUAGCAUGAUGCAAGAGGAAGAACAAGAUAGAAAGUAUAGUCAUACUGAAUUGGAAAGCACUGAAACAAGCUCAGUUGAAAGUGCAUUGAGGAGAGUAACCAGAGGAAAAACAGAAUCUGGUAAUCAGAAAGUGUAUCAGAGGGAAGCCGGCCCAGCAAGUCCUCACAGGCAGCAGUGGGAGAAACACAUUCCCAGUUCAGCUCUUGCAGCUUUGGAAAAGGCAUCCAUCCUCACCUCCAGUUUCACGGCAGAAGACAGUAGAGGUGAUUCUGUAGUAAAGUACAGUGAAAAUAAUGCCCGUAAGCAGUGGCUCAGAGAGCCCCCGGAGACCUUGUUGGCAAUGCUUAAGGAUGCUGAUCUCAGCAUGGCAUUUCAGACAUACACUAUAGAUAAACGAGAUGCAGAAGGAUUCUUGAAAGGUCCCCUUUCUGAAGAAGCAGCAUCAGACAGUGUUGAUGGAGAUCACGAUUCUGUCGUUUUGGAUCCAGAGAGAUUUGAACCUCGACUGGAUGAAGAGGACACGGACUUUGAGGAAGAUGGUGAAAACCCUGACUGGGUGUCAGAACUGAAGAAGGAGCUUGAUGGCAGGGCCUAUGUUGGAUAAUGCCCUAGGAACUGUGCCUGAGCCAUGAAGGGGAACCAUUUCAAUGAGAAAUUGAUGACUGGGAACAGAAUAAAGAGGGAGAAACUA